CAUGUCUUCUACCACUGCACUCAUCAGACUCCUAUCCAGUUCUUCCAUCUCUCCCAGUUUCCUAACUAGACCUUCCGGCUCAGCUUUGUCAGGUUAUCCACCCACAUAUCAUCAUGAAGAUUUCGGUUGCACUCUGCCUGGUUGCUGCUGGCAUGGCCGCAGCAAGCCCAGUCUCUGGCGCGAAACGUCGCAGUCUCGGAAGUACUCUGUGCCAACUUGGAGGUACUGUUGAUAACACUGUCGAUGUAAGGAUUGCAGAGUGGGUUUUGCUUUUUGUUGCUCAGCUAAAUAUUAUCAAUAGGGCCUUAGCGGUGCUGCUCCAGGUGGCAACCCUUGCAAUGGUGGUUAGUAAGUUCAGAUAUGCAAAACCAUCAAAAACUGACACUCUCGACAAAGGUGGGCAACCGAGCCUGGGAAGUACUGUAGGUGAACUUGGAGGAACUGUCGAUGAUACUCUCGAUGUAAGUGAAAGUUGUCUGGACCAAUUCUGUAUAUCUGCUGACAUGCUGCAACAGGGCUUGAGCGGUGCUACUCCGGGUGGCAAUGGUGGCCAUGGCAGUGGCAGUGGGAGUGGCAAUGGUCAGUAAACCCAAAUAGGCAAGGUAUUCAAGAACUAAUGGUACUUCAACACAGGUGGACAACCGAGUCUUGGAAGCACUGUCGGUGAACUCGGAGGUACCGUUGAUGAUAC